UAUAAUUGGACAACUGAGGGGUGGGGGUGGACGUGGUAUACUUGGACAGAUGGGUGGUGGUGGACGUGGUAUACUUGGACAGAGGGGUGGCGGUGGACGUGGAAUACUGGGACAGAGGGGGUGGCGGUGGAUGUGAUAUACUUGGACAGAGGGUGGCGGUGGACGUGGUAUACUUGGACAGAGGGGGGUGGCGGUGGAGUGGUAUACUUGGACAGAGGGGUGGCUGUGGACGUGGUAUACUUGGACAGAGGGUGGUGGUUGACGUGGUAUACUUGGACAGAGGUGUGGCGGUGGACAUGGUAUACUUGGACAGAGGGGUGGUGGGGGGUGUGGUAUACUUGGACAGAGGGGUGUUGGUGGACGUGGUAUACUUGGACAGAGGGGUGUUGGUGGACGUGGUAUACUUGGACAGAGGGGUGUUGGUGGACGUGGUAUACUUGGACAGAGGGGUGGUGGUGGACGUGGUAUACUUGGACAGAGGGGUGGUGGUGGACGUGGUAUACUUGGACAGAGGGGUGUUGGUGGACGUGGUAUACUUGGAGAGGGGUGGCGGUGGACGUGGUACACUUGGACAGAGGGGUGGCAGUGGGGACGUGGUAUACUUGGACAGAGGGGUGGCGGUGGACGUGGUAUACUUGGACAGAGGGGUGGCGGUGGACGUGGUAUACUUGGACAGAGGGGUGGUGGUGGACGUGGUAUACUACUGGACACAGUUCCCCACACACGGCUAAUAUGUAAGAGAGUAGUGGUUAAUGAUUUCAUACUCUGAAUGGUCUGGGGGGUGUCAGUGG